AAUAUAUUUAUUGUACAGUUUCAGAUAAUCACAAUUUGAGCAAAUAUCAAUCUGAUCAAGGCUGAACUGAGCAAAGGAAAUCUAACAUCUCUGCGUCCGUGAAACACACAAAGGUGUAAGGUCUGACCCCCAGACGGCGAGAUGGAUUCUGUCAAAUGGCUUAUGAUUUUUGUGUGCCUUUGCGUUAAAGUUACUCAAACUGAAGCCUCAUCUUGGACAAUUCAGGUGCCGUCCUCAGUCAAAGGUCUCCCUGGAUCCUGUGUGGUGAUCCCCUGCUCAUUUAACUACCCAGAUCCAGGCAAGAAGAUCACUGAGUUCACGGGGAUGUGGCUCAAGGCGACACAUGAGGUCAUCUAUCACCCAGACAAGUCGAAAAGGAUGCAGCAGUAUCGGAAUCGGACAGAGUUGCUGGGAGAUGUCAGACAGAAGAGCUGCUCACUGAAGAUUGAUCCCCUUCAACAAGAUGACCGAGGGCCUUUUUUUUUCAGGAUUGAAAUGGCAGACUAUGAAAUGUUUUCCUACAGAAAGAACACAGUCUCCAUUACAAUGAUUAGUGAACUAAAUCCCAUCCAAUUCUCAGUGAAGGAGGAGGUAAUGGAGGGUCAAAAUGUGUCUGCAUCCUGCUCUGUGUCUCACUCCUGCCCCACUUCACCACCUGUCUUCACCUGGAGCCUCCCUGGAGACAAACACUUUCAAUCACAGCCGCUGGACAAUGGCCACUGGACAGCAACAUCUACUCUGAACUUUCACCCUACCAGCGCUGAUCACAACAAGCCUUUACAAUGCACCGUGACAUACAAGGGAGGGCAGCACCACAAAGCAGAAAAGGUCCUCCGAGUAAAAUACGCCCCAGUGAAUGUGAAUAUUGAGCACAAGUCAGAUGUACAGGAGGGAGAAGCUGUGCGACUAAGAUGCUCCAGUGAUGCUAACCCCCCAGCCACCUAUCAGUGGCAUAAUGAAACGGGUGCUCAACUGCAUCAAGGAAAUCUCUACACGCUGCCAAAUGUCUCCAGACACACAGGAGCCCUGUUCUGUACUGCCAUCAAUGCAGUGGGACAAGGCAAAUCAAACCCUUUGCGGCUCAAUGUGUUAUAUGUGCCUGAGAUUAAGACGAUCUCUUCCUGCUCCUUAGAGGCGGAUAUGGUGAAGUGUGUGUGCAUUGCAGAGUCCCAGCCUGCCAGUAUGGUCUAUUUUGUGCUUUCUGACAGGGUCCUGCCAAGCAUCAAGGUAGAAAAACAUGGCUCCGUUACCAUCGGGACUCUGCAGGCAGAGUUUGGAUCUUCCCGGGUCGUUUACUGUCUGGCAAACAACACGCUUGGCAAUGCCAACCUAACACUCUCUUUACCUGUUAACAGUAAGAUGCAGAAUCUUUAUAUUAUCAUCGCUUCUGGAGCAGGCGGGAUUUUGGUGAUGCUUUUAAUAACAGUGAGAGUUUUUAAAAAAUGCAGGGGGAGAUCUGCGAGUGCACUGACACCUCACAUUAGUACCGAGAAGGCAAAAAAAGAUGUGGCGCUCCCUCAGUAUUCUGCAACUAAAAGAAAAGAGAAGAGCCAUGAGGAUGUACAUUGCGUAGGUAUUUAUGCCACCGACCAUAUAUACGGCAACAUGGAGACUGACUGUGAUGAUGCAAUCUACGCCAAUAUGUAACUUUGUUGAAUUCAUUGGGGGAACAGCUGCAGUCCCUCUGUUGUCCAACUGAUGUGAGUCAAGAAAGCUGCAAAAUUAUUAAUAUGCUAUCUUCUGUAUAAAUGACAAAUUAUAUUUUUCUGUCUCCUGUAAUUCACAUACAGUAAAUGUUUUUCUGUUUUUUUUAAGUUGUUCAUGUCUAAAUAUGACUUUUCCCUGACUGCUUGUCUGAUCAUAAGUAACAGAUUUGUUGUAAAAAAAAAAAUCACCAUCAAACUACUUACCUGUUUUAUUUGCCAAUGUGUCACCCAACAACAACACUUGCUGCACAAGCUACACCUUUUUAAUUUCCUCUUUUGCAGCCAUGGUUUCUUUAUCAGAGUAACAGAUAAGAACAUCGCUGUUGAAGUUACAAAAUGCUGGCUUGCUGCCAAAUAACCCUGUUAACCCCUGUUGACUUUUUUGUUCACGGCUAUAAAAGCAACACAGUCACUGUGCUCAUCACAGCACAGCACAGAUGCGCUGAACAUAUGUGUACACUUGCCUCACAAAAACAGUUGCGUCACAAUGUCAAAACACUCAAGGAAGAAUAAUUUCAAUGCCGUACUAACUGACUGACUUUACUGUAAAUGUUUGAGUAUGUGCAGCAGCACAGAUUAUACUCACUCAUUAAUCAACUGAAACAAGUUAGAAAGUGAAAAUAUUCUAUGUGUGCUCAGGUCAAUGUGGAAAACCCCUUGAGGUUUUUCUUGAAGUGUGUUAAUGAUAAAAAGACAGGAAGCCAAAGGGGAAGCUACUGUCUAAGGUGCAAAAAAAGAGUACUGAAGUGAUCACACAUUUCAAAAACAGAAACACCAAACAUCGCUCUAUUCUUGGCACAAGCCUUGCCUCAAAUGAUCAUAAACUGUAAACGCAAACUCACUUUGGGAGAUACAGUAUUCCUCAACAGCUUUGUAGUAUUUAGAAAAAUGUGGAUAAAAGGCCCAAAGUCAUCUUCCCAGUUUAAUGCAGUCUGAUUUAUAUCGCUGUGUAACAAACAUUAACACCAUGAAAUCUGGAAAAACUGCUUACAACUCAUUUGCUAACUGCUAAUUCAGCAAUCUUUAGCAUUCAGAUAAAAAAAAAAAAUCUGUGAAGGGUAGCCCACAAGUUGUUCAUAUUUCAUCUUUAGAAUUUAAAAAUGGUGAAGGAAUUUAAAUAUUGCCUGUUGAUUUGUUUUCUUUAAUCUCUUGAAAGUUCAACCUCAUAGUUGCCCUGAAAAAUUUUAUAAUCUGAAAUAAUUAAAAAAUAUAUCAACAAAUCAUACAAUCAAGUUUUUUUAUGACAAAAUGUAUUACACAUUCUCACAAAACUGUGUUAGUUUAUUCAUAUUCAAACACAAAUCAAAGGGGGGCAUCUUUCUCCAUCACACCCUUCUGUUUUUACACAAUCAAGCAUUUAAUUAUUUAAUGGUAUUUCAUUUGAAUAAGACACACUAUAAAUCAUAUUGAAAGAAGCAUCAAACAGUGAAGUAUUACUGAAGUAAACACACCAGAUAUGACGUGGUAAAUAACUGAUCAUGAGAGUGACACUCUCAAGAGUUCGGGCAUUUCAGGUUUUUCAAAUGGCAUUACAGUGUGCAGUGAUGUGUUAACUGACUGAUUGUGUUUCUUAAUUCAGAAUGCGGACUCAUAAUUCACUUUUGGUCAAACAGUAUCUCUCUGUAAUCAUAUCACAUCAGGGUAGUAUUUCCUUUUCAGCUCAACAUCUGUAUGGAGAGUAAACUUUUACAAAUGUAGCAUCUGAGAGACAUUAAUUAAACUACAGAUGUGAAACUUGUUGACACAUUAAUUAUUAUUUACCAUGCAGAAUGAAAGGGUGAUAUUUAGGCCGUUGCACUGGGCUUACAUUACAUUGUGGGAAUCACGGAGCUCGUCACAUGCUUCCCUCCUCUGUACCGCGCUGUGCAGUUUAAAGGCUUGUCGAAGUCAGUGAGUCGAGGGGGAAAGGUCAGGGUUGACACCGUCUUCCACUGCCACGUAUUCAGCUUCUUUAUUUGAGAGGUGACGGUUCCAGAUCGGCUCCAGGACAAUUUGGGGGGAAACAUUGGGCAGGCGUGAGACACAGAGCAGGAGGCAGUUACUAUAUCUGUCACCUCCACAGACAGAGAUCUGUUUCGCCUGCAGAGUUUGAAUAGAAUGUCAACACAAUAUAUUACAGUGAUUCAAAUAUUUACAAAAAAUCUAAGUGUGUUGCCUUACAAAUUAUUAAAGUAAUCUAUAAUACUCAUGUAUAACAUCAAUGGAUACUGGAUUAUUUGUGAAGGAGAAGCUUCCGUAUUGCGGCAUUUCAAUCCUGAAGUAGAAAGGGCCACCAUCACUAUACCUGACACCAUCCAGCAGCAUGGUGCAGUUGUUUACUUCCAGAGCUCCCAAAAUCUGGGUUCGUUUUUUGUAUUCCUUGGGCAGUUUCCAUUUUGCGGAGAUUGGUUGCGACCACCUUAUUCUCGUCCUUCCAGAAUCCUCGCCACCUGUUCACGUUCUGCAUUGUGUUGGGCUUAGGGUAAAUGUAGAUGCAGGGAAUAACUACACAGCAGCCCUGCACGACAGGAAUCUUUGUCGGUACGUUUAUUGACCACAAGACGUGAGAGGUCUGGACAUGGAUCACUGAAAACAAGAGAGAACAUUGAUUUAUCAUUAAGUGUAAGAUAAAAUAUGUUAUGCAAAAGAAUGGUUAAUGUAAGACUCACCAUGUAACAACAGAAAGGAAAACCACAACCUCAGCUCCAUCACUGACAAGGAAGAGAAAUCUAAAGUGUAAAAAAAAGGCAUGAGGCAAUGAAAGACACAUUAAACGGCUUGUUGUAUUUUUGCACCAACAAUUCCCUCACCUCUGAAUCCUUUUAAUGGCUGUGUGAGUGCACCUUCUCUUGGUGAAGAUGUGUGCAGUGUCAUUUGUAUGUGAUAUUUAAAGUCCAACUUCACCCUUUAAAGCUGAAAGCGUUACCGAAUGUUUUACAAAGCGUUGAGCUCAUGACGUGAGUUAAACAGAUACAGCAGAAGCUCAGGAGACGGAUGUUGUUGCAGUAUGUGAUUACUUUGUUACUUGUCAUCUGUUUAACAUGUUACUUCUGUUUCAACUUAAAAAUAUGAAUACAGAAAGGAAUUCCACAGAACACAGUGUUCCAGCAAUGCACAGACGCUACAUUUUGUGUCACUGCCGACGGAAAAAACACAAGAAAAAAUGGAAAAAGAUGAAUCACUAAAAGGACUGUUUUUAAGACUAUCACUGCCAAAUGCACAACCCAGAUGGGCAGAUGCAAAAAAAAUUAUUUAAUAAAGCAAAAACUCACAAAAACAGGAAGUAAAAUGAAAUGACAAACUAACGGCCCUGGAGUCACUGACAGCCAACCAGUGUGCCAUAGAGAAAACCUGUGAGAAGAUCUUAGAAAUUUACAAGAUUUACAAGAACUGUAACCACAUUUCCUUUUGAGGAAAUUAACCAUGGGGGAAAUUCCAUUUCUACAUUUCACAGCUUUGCUGUUCAGGCAUGUCUUGAAGAGUCAUGUGAUGGUCAGUCAAAUGAGGUCAAACCUCACAAAGAAGAAAUUUGAUAUUCUGUGUUUUUAAUAGCUUUUGAAUCCGUAACUGGUAUUUGAGUUGCAACUCUAAUAAGUUUGUAAACUGACAAAAUUCAGAAUUUUACUUCUAUGAGUAAAAUCCACCUAUUUAAGUUAAUAUUCAGGGAGGCAAAGAUUGCAACAAGGGAUUGUGGGAGCGGCUGAACAUAGUGUAAAAUAUUGUUUUAAAGUACGGCAUAAGAAUUUGUUUAGUUUGGUCUGUCACAUUAGAGAAAUUGCAGUACAAAUGAAAUGAAAAACUAGGACAAGAGACUCUCAGCGAUGAUGAUAAGCCAGCUCCAGUAUGCACACCGAUACAACCAAGGUCGAGAAAGGCUCAUCCUCAGCAAAAUCUAAUCGAAAUUUGGCUAUUGCUCAAUAAAUGUAGAACACUUUGGACAAACAAUGACAUCCACUUUUAACCUUUUAUUGUUUGGUACAGUUCUUAUUCUAUAUCAUAGUUCUAAAUUAAAUGGCAUUACAAAAAAGAACUUCAUCUCUAAAUAAGAGACUGAAUCAGAAAAGAAAACAGAAGUUUCAGCUCCUGCCCAGAUGACACAUGAAGUGAAUUGACAAACAUAUUGAGAAAGACUAGAAAAAACACAAUGCAUCAUGUCACAUCACCCAAGAUGUGUCAAGUGAAGUUGCACAGCUGUACAGUGGAACAUAGCAGAUUACAUGAAUAUAUUCCACAGAAAACGGAACUCUUGAUAUCUUCUCCCGUUUCACGCUUGGUUAUGGUGAGGGAAAGAUCACAGCAUUAAAAGGUAAACAUCGAUUGCAGGUCACACCAGGGGGCACAUUUGUAAAAUGAGUGAUAAUGUGUUAAGACACAUUUGAAGCCUUGGUUCUGAGCAAUAAUAAACUGUCCAUUAUCAAUGGUUACAUAUCCACUGUAAUAAACAAAGGCCAAAUAAACAACUUAUAUAUGAAAUUAUAUAAAGAAAUAUCAUCUAUUUGUCACUGGGAAAUUGGUCCCUGGAAACAGACAUGCAUAAGGUCUCCCAUCUCUACUUCAUAUAGGACAUCCAGACUGAAAGAGACACCAAACAACUACAAAUGACGCAGCUUGCUUGACUUUGUAGUUUUGCACCUCAUUGUGUUUUCUUUUUUGUCUCUGUGUAGUCGUACACAGUGGCCAUUUUUUGUCUCUUGUGGUAGUCUCAUUGUAGUUGUUUUUCGUCUCUUUCUGGUCGUCUCUUGGUGGGCCCAUCAGAUUGAGGGGGAUGCCCUCUCACAAUUUCUGCAACUAUGAGCCAGUAAAUACAGAAGACUAACUGUAACUCUGCUUUGUUUUUAUUAAUGGCAUGUCGUUUUUAUCUCAUAAAAUCCUUUAGAGGAUGCAAUGAUUCCUUUCUUACUCGUGAUAACAAAACCAUGUUCACACAUGCAGGAUACAGAAAUACCGUUCAAAAUGAAGUUCCAAAUAGAUUUGUGAGAAGCAGCUUUUCGACUAUUUUGAAUAAUCCACAUUUCCAUAUAUAUUGUCUGAGUGAUCCGUACUUUGAGCCAUCUGAUCUGGAGGGGCCUGCAAAGACAGACGUUGGGUUAUAUAUUAGGCUGUGGUUUUUGUCUUAGUUCCCAUCUUCUUAGUAAAUUAAAACCCAACCGAGUGGGGGUAUUGUACCUCAAUGUUGAUGUAGACAGGUUCAUCAAUGUCCUUCAGUUCGGAGGGUUCCUUGUGCUCUUGUCUUUUGCAAGAUGCUUCACUGAAAAGACAAAAGAGACCAGGUUGGAUUCCAACUUGAGAGACAGGAGAUCAGAAAUGUGUCAUUAUGUCAGCAAUUCACAUUCACAUAUCUGGUGGAACAGCUGUUUUCAGAGUCAAAAGUCUUCAUAAGUAUAGUAUUAAACUUUGCUUUCUGUAUUAUACACAGUAACAACAAAUAAUAUCUACACUCUAAUUCGAUUUCACAUUUGUAUCAAGAAACAAACCUUUUCAAUUGGUUUGCUCGGCUAAAAUUUGCAUAAUGUCCAGAAUCUUCCCUGGUAAAAGAUUUUGACCUGUGAAAAUAGUGAAAAAGAUAUUAGCCUUUCAUCUGUUUGUAUAAAAAUAUUUUUACAACACAUUUGAAGCCCCCCCCCCCCCACAC